CGACAUCAGCAACAACAGCUUCUACGGCCCCAUCAACAGCAACUUCCGCAGCAUGAUUCCUGACAACGGCGCUCUGCUCAACAUCGCAGGCAACUUCUUCUACGGCGACCCCAUGCUCUACGCCGAUGGCUGCCAGUUCUGCCCCUCAGGGGUCAUUCAGAAGCCCCUCGUCUUGACACCAGGAGACCUCACCAACCCCUCUGGCGGCCGCUGUGCACCCGAGGGUGUCGGGGGAUUUGUUCAGACGGCACGUGCAGGGGCCAACAAGCGGGGCGAGGCGAGCCUGCAGAGGAACUGUUUCACUUUAAACAAGCAGAUGGAGUGCACGGCGAACGAGACGCAGCGCAGCAGCGACGAGUGCCUGGCAUUCUGCAGCUUGUCGCGGGAGCUGGGGCCGUGCGACGGGCACGGAGCGUGUGUGCCGCCGCAGGCGGGGGCAGCAGAGGCGCGCUUCACGUGUGAGUGCGACGACGGCUUCGUCCCCACCAACGGCACCCUCGGCUCCACCUGCGCCCGCCCUGCCCCGCCCCCUGCUGCAGCGCUCUCCAUGGGUGCAGUGGUGGGCAUCGCUGUGGGCUCUGCUGCUGCCUUUGCUCUCCUCCUCGCUCUCGUUGUCGCGCUGCUCUGGCCCCGCCAACGAA